UAUAUAAACACAACACCAAAACCACAGACUUUGUCCGAAAUAAAAGUUCACGAAGCAUAAUGAUGAUAAAAAAAAUCUCUUUCUUUCGAAAACCUCGGGAGUUUCUCUUUCUUUGAUCACAUCUUAUACAAAAAUCCACUCACACCCUCUACCUCCCUUAAGAUUCUAAUCCGAUCUCUGUCAAGAAACUCGAAUACCCUUUUCACCCAACACCCUGAAACUCCAGUUUUCUGAUCAUUAUAAUCAACAAAAGUUUUUCUGAGACCAAAAUCCUUGUUGGGCAGUCUUUGUUUCUUUGAAGGAAGCUAUUAUGGGUAGUUGGAAAAGAAGAGAACAAGUUGAAAUUUACAAUCACAGAAUGAGAUCAGAGCCCAGAAAUCAACCUCCUGAGAUUUGGCAGUCAACUAUCCCGAAAUGGGAGAAAGAUUUCUGUUCGACCGUGGGUUUAGUUCCAUGGAGGAAAAUAUUAGACACAAAGAAAUACAUUCAUCUGCACGAAAAUAUCGUCAAAUGGAACGAUUCUGCCUCAGAAGAGGCGUUCAGACGAGCAAAAAACAGAUUUUGGGCACACAUUAAUGGCCUUGCAUCUGAAGUAGUAUUGCCUGAUCCAGAUAUCUACAUUGAUGAAGUAGAUUGGAACUCUGAGAUUGAUCCUGAGCUAUUUCUGGAUUUGGAAAGAAAACCAGAACCAUCUGAUUACACUAAUCAUGAUGGAAAGGUUCUGAUUCUUGGUGAUUCUCAUAACCUCAACCAUAUUGACCUGAGCCUUGACCACAUUUCCCCCACUGGAUGGGGCGAUGCUGAAGAAGAUUUUAAGGCCGAUACUUCCAGGGAAUGCAGCCAGACAUGGGGUACGAACGGCUGGAAAAAUGAUGACCCUGGUUGGCAGAACUCCGGAUAUCGAAAAUCAAGAUUUUCCAGCAAUCGCUAUCAGCAGCAGCAGCAGAGAGAUCAAGGGUACAGAGGAAGGAGGAGGCAGUGGAACUGCACACCAGUUAACAACCAAAGUGGAUCCGGCAGAGGAGGAAAUGCUUGGGGUUGGGAAAAACAAAUUUGGUAAAUAGAGUCAUCAAGAGCUAUUUCAUUCAUAUUUUUUGGCUAUUCAAAAGUAUUAUAGCUAUAACAAGAGUUUUACUAUAUUUUUUAUAGUAUAUAGAAAGUAAAAAAGAAUAUACAUAUGAAGGGUAUAUACAUAAGCCUCAGGGCAGUAUAUACUGGGGCAGUUAGUUUUGGUUCCAAUUUCACAUUGGUUGAGGAAGACAUUACUACUUUUUUUGAGCUCUUGAAUAAUUCCUAUUAUUAGUUUCUUGGUAAAUUUGUUUACUAGGAUAUUUUACUGAACAAUAAACAUAUUUUGCAUAUA